UUCGUUCCCCCCCACCCAAUUUGUCAGAACUUUGUGACUGUUAUUAUUUAUUAUUUUUAAGAACUACAUUUCCCAGAAACCUCCAUGGCGUGUUUUCCUUCGGGCUAUAAACUGGGAGCCAAAGUCCAGGAGGCGAAAGAAGCACUGCAAGUCUGAGCGGGAGCAAAGGGAAGUUUGUCUGGCUUAAGCAAAAUUGCUGUGAUGGCGGCGCGCAUCCUGGUCUUGCCUUCCCCCGCCUGCCUGUAUGACGAUCCCGUGCAGGUGAAGAUCGAGGGCCUCUCUCCGCUACAGGAGGUCACCGUCGCGGCGUCUUUGGAGGAUGAGAGCGGCCACCUCUUCCAAUCGCGCGCGUACUAUCGGGCUGAAGGGAACGGAGAACUGGACCUCAGCUGCUCCCCGUCGCUAGGUGGGAGCUACUGCGGGGUGGAGCCCAUGGGCUUACUGUGGGCGCUGGAAUCCACGACGCCCUACAAGAGGCUGAGUAAGCGGAACGUCCUCACCCCGUUCUGUGUCACCUACGAGGUGUACGACGGGCGCGGAGUCACCGGCUCGCUCCUUUGCAGCUGCCGCAGCGAGAGACGCUUCAUGGCCGAAGGCGUGAAGAGGGUUCCCGUGCGAGAAGGCCGGCUCAGAGCCACGCUUUUCUGCCCGCCCGGUCCUGGACCUUUCCCAGCAGUUCUUGACUUGUAUGGAACUGGAGGGGGACUGGUGGAGUACAGAGCAAGCCUUUUGGCAAGCAGAGGUUUUGUUACACUGGCACUUGCUUUUUUAGGUUUUGAAGAUCUCCCAGCUUUCCCAAAGUUCAUUGACUUAGAUUAUUUUGGUGAAGCAAUAAUGUUCCUGCAGAAACAACAAAAGGUUAAAUCUAUGAAAAUUGGAGUCCUGGGACUGUCUCAAGGUGCAGAUCUCGCUCUUUCUUUAGCUGCAUUUUGGCCAAACAUCCAAGCUGCUGUCAGCAUUUCUGGCACAGGGUUAAAUGCUUGUUUCCCUUUGAAAGUGAAAGGACAAAUCAUUCCACCUCAUCCUUUUGAUUUGGGCAGGGUCAAACCUACUGAUGUUCCAAAUGUACUAACUUUUGCUGAAGCAAUGGAUGAUCCCAAAGACCCAUCGACCUGGCCAUGCCGCAUCCCUGUUGAAAAGUCCUCAAGCAAGUACCUCUUCAUAUGUGGACAGGAUGACAAAAACUGGAAAAGUCAAAUGUUCUGCCAAGAGGCUGUUAGCCGCCUUCAGCAGAAUAGACGUCAUGUGGAGUUCUAUUGCUAUCCUGAAGCUGGACACCUCUUGGAGCCCCCUUAUAUGCCCUUGUGCUGUAUUUCACUUCACAGGACACUUGGGAGCCUUUUAUACUGGGGCGGAAAGUGGAAAGAACAUGCAGAGGCACAGGAAGAUGCCUGGCAAAGAAUAUUAGCCUUUUUCAGACAACACUUGCUGGAACCAACUUUAAAAAGUACUUUAUAGGGUGCAGUUGCAUUGGGUUGUAAGAAAGGCAGAAUUGCUCGUACGCCUUUGAUUGUCAGUUGGUAACCAAGUUAAACUCAGAGUGAUGGUCUCUAGAAAAUAUAUUUUGCCACUUUCAGGUACACCAAUGGGGCACCACAAUUUUCAUUAGUUUGGGGAAAACUCUUCUAGCUGGAGACCCUUAAGCAUCUUACACAUAAAUCAUAUGUAAUAAACGGAUCUAUCCCUCUCUCCAAUCAGCUGCAGUUUGGUUAUUUCAUAUUGAUAGACUACAAAACCUGAUUUGCAAAUUGUUUCUGUGGACUAGAGGUAAACAAUCAAGAUGUAUUAGAUGUUGUCAUGCUUUCAGUGGGCCCAUACAAGUCAAUUGCACAUGCAUAUACAACGCAGCUGAAUACAGUUACCAUACCCCAUAAACAAUUUAUUUCCACUCCCACCUCGAUACUACAUACAGAUUCUCUUCCAGCUAUACAUCUUUGUAUUUAGAUAUUCAAGGUUACUCUGGUAAUAAAAUCCUUAAGCUACUGCCACAAAUGUCAUUAGCGAUGUAAUGGUUUCAGGCCCUUUUACUUUUAGGAAAGCUGUAGAGGUUAUACAAAGGUUAUGUACAGACAUGCGCAGCAAACUGCCAUGAUCACAGUAACCGGUUAUCUCAACAUCUAUGACCUCACCUAAUUAGUAGCCAGAUAGUACCAUGAACUAUUGUGUUUUGUGAAGCCUCUACCCUGUCUGGGAUGGUCUUAGAAAUUGACAAGGAGAAUGUAUCAAUAAGAUGCUACCUAUGCUCUUGCUUUGCUUGUUGAAACUGUUUAAAAGCCAAAUAAACUCUGCGUAAGGCAGACAGACAUUUUGGACACUACCUGCUAUGAUGGGUUUCUGAGACCAACAGAAAGCAACAUCCCGUUCCUCUGCUGCCAAUGACUCUGGCCUCUUCUGCAAGGGCAGAGACCAGCUUUGGGUUCAUCUCUUUCCACCAUGGUUUAGAGCCCUUUCCACAAAGGGAGACAAAGUGGUCCAGACAAGGGAGCUUGUAUCUCAGUAGGUGCUAGGUUGCUGAGUCCAUCGUGAAUAUUUUCUAGUUUUUCACUAUGAACGGUUGAGAGAUCUAAGUUCAUCUCAAGACUUUUCUCUCGCUUUCUUUUUUGUUACAGUCAAAAUUUUAAUUCAUAUAUAAAUAUUUUGAAGACAGUGUAUUGUCCGGGCAUUUCAUUUUACAAAAGAAAGAAGGAAAAAAAAAUAACAGAUAUACUAAUAGUAAUAAUGAUAAUAGACAUAAUUACAACCAUAUUUAUAAUUAUAUUAGCUUAUUUAGGAUCAUAUUGUACCAGCAUACCUAUCAUUAUAAACAACAUUCAUAUUUUCCUUACAUAUACUAAUUUCUACCUCUUAUCGUUAACCACAGGUAAAACCUAUUCCACAUUGAACAGUACGCUGUAUCUCCUUUUAUCUUUUAUUUUCAAUGUCAACCCAUCCAUCUCUGCACAGUCCAAUAUUUCUUGAAUUAUGUUUUCAUCUGGUGGGGUGUUCUCAUUUUUCCAAUAUUGUGGAAACACAAUUCUCACUGCUGUUAAUACAUGUAGCGUUGAGCAUUUGGUCUGUUUAUCAUAACUUUCUGGUAUUAUGCCUAAUAAAAAUAUUUCUGGCUUUAAAUCAA